GCUAAUCCAAGAAGACCAAGGGACCGGAAGGCGGGAAUUCGAGGCGAUUGAGAAUUUGAUUGACGGCCGCGGUUUUAACUGUUGACUUCCUGCUCGAGGGUGUAGUUAGCUUGCUGGACGACCUCCCAAUUUCAUGCUUGUAAUUUCCUUUAGGCAUUACGGUAAUUUCAAGAGAGCGCCACAUAUAAGGUCAGCCAUGCCACUGCAGGCCUUCUCCUUCCCUUGCCCUGAAACUCGAUUCUUCAAAGCAGGUAGUUGUAUCUACAAGUUCAAGAUCAGAGGAGGCAGCAGCUUCAGAGGAGAGAAAAAAAUGGGAGAAAACUGCUUCAAUCAGGAACUUGAGGAAGUUAUCAGAACUGUUCUUGGCAGCCUGGACAGUCUCCAACCGUUCUCAAGCUCCCACUUCAUUGUCUUCCCUUAUAGGAAGAGGCGAAAGGGAGCGUCGACGGUGAUGUGCGAACACGGUGAGAGGAAUCUGAGUGCCUACCCGUUUACUCUUAUCCUCUACCUGGAGAAAAACGUGCAGAAGGAGGAAGCCAAGCAAGCAGAGGAGAGGUUGAGCUCAGAGAAAGGUGUGGCUCAGCAGCUCCCCCCCGUUUCUGAGCCCCAGUCAAAGCGCCAUAAAAGCGAUUCACCACUAGAGGAGGCCAUACUAAAGGACUUAAUCAAGGACAUGGUGGCUGAAAGCAAGGUUUCUGUGGUUGGGCGCUCUCUGUAUUGUCCACAUGCAGAGAGAGAGGUGAAAGAAGAUCCAGGACAUGCUGACAAGAAAGGUUCCAAGGGGAUUGACGUACCCCAGCAGAAAUCGGGUGUCAACACAGUCAGAGGAAGUUGGACCGCAGAUGAAGUGCAUCCUGGGACAGUUCAGAGCAUGGGAGAGGAGGCGAGUGAUGAGAAGGAAGAAAAUGCAGACUCGUGGGCACCAGGGAUUUGGACUCGAAUGGCCAGCCACAUCUUCCCCUUCUCCUUGUUCUUCAGGGACCCCUGAGGGCCCCGGGCUAGAGAGACGGGAUGGUUCUGGUCCCAGCAGUGGAAACUCACUUGGGCAUGUUUGGGGUAAAGUUCCGCACUACCCUCAAAAAAAGGUUUUCAGAUUUGUUUUUUCACAAAUAGUAUUUCAUUAACCUGUUGGUUUUUCCUUUUCAUUAUCCACCAUUCAUAUUCCAUAUAAGUGUUGUUGUUUUUUUCUCCAUUUUGCUGAGAUUUCUCCUGUUCAUGGAUCAUUUGAGGGUCUAUUUAAUAAAUCAGUGUUUUGUUGAUGCCAUGAGCAAAUAAAUACAGUAUGGUUACUUCUGUGUUUGCAUUGGUAGUUUU